UGCCUCUUCUUCUCCAGACGGAUCUGGUGCGCAGAAGGAGCUUCGAGGUUUGUGGAGCGACAAGAAACGCAAAGCGAACGCGGAUAAAGCCGAGUUUAAAAUCCUUAGUGGGAGAUCAGUCCACGAUUGUAGUAAACUCCCACCACCCGAAGGAAGGAAGAAAGGCAGAUGCUCUCCCUUUUAACUGGGCUUCUAAUUCAUGCUUAUUACCAGGAGCUUUGCACCCGUUUUCCAGCACCGUUUUAUAUCGCAGUCUUUAGCCUGGGAAGCUUUCAUAUGCGCGCAUGGCUGGUGACUGGAAAAAUGCUACGCGUCUCCUUUAAGCGCCAACGUGCACUAAACAGAUGACAGUGACAGACCCCCCCCCCCCCACACACACACACACACACGCACACACACACACACACACACAAAUCAUGAGCGUGUGUGUGUAAGAGUGAAUGUUCCUCCAAAGCCCACGGAUCAGUGUGCGCAGGACGGAAGCAUGGGAAAGAUGUAGUGGCUCGACAUCCAAGAAUUUCCAACCCCACAUGCGACAAGGUGUAAAAUCGGUAUGAAAAUAAGCACUCGAAUUUCCCAUAUUUAAGGAAAACUCCAUGCAAUGAGGGACACUUCCUAAGCAAGCUCCCUCUAGUAGUGGAAUGGAGCAGUGAUGAAUGGGGACACCCCCCCCAGCGACCCAGACCUGCCCUCAUGCCCGCUGCCUGACUGGAAGGAGUUUUGCGAGCUCCAUGCCCGUGCCACAGCCUCCGACUUCGCCAGAAAGUUCCGGCGCUUUGUGAGCGAGAAUCCCUGCUAUGACUAUCCCGGUGCCCACGCCGCCUUCUCCCAGCACUUUGCCCGCCAUUUCCUUGACUGCUUUUCGACCGUGCUUAGCCACAGCCGCAGCCCCGGUUCGCUUGGUGCCCCCAGGUAUGGCAUGGUGCCCUUCGCCAGUCUCCACAGCUGCCCACCGCCCCGUGCCCACAAGCUGUGGCAGCAGCGUAAGGAUGCGGACACAUCCAACGAGUCCCUGGACAGCAUGGACGGGGGACUGGGAAAACCCAACGCCAGGGCCAAGCCGCUUGUGCCCAAGGCGUGGGCACUGGGCCAGUCACGCAGCUCGGAGGACGUGUCGGCCGGAGACCAGAUUGGGAAGGGCCUCUCCCUGCGCAAAAUAAGCCUGUGUGUGGUGGAUAGCGUGCGGGACAUCUGGCAGCGGCGAGCCUCACCGGAACCCGGCUGCGGACACAGGGCCAACGAGGACGGCCAGGGGCUGCGCUUUCCUCGGGGACUGCAAGGCCAACGGACAGAGCCCCCGGAGGUCCAGAGAGAGGGGGCGCUGCGCUACACGGUGGCUGACGACGCCACUUGCGCCUCCCAUUGGCAGAAAUGCCGGCUGCUGCUGAGGAGGGCGUUUCCACGGUCCGAGGGCGAGCGAUUCAUCCUGGAGUUCUAUGUGCCGCCCAAGUCCUCCAAGCCCAAAGUCAACAUCCCCUUGUCAUCUGUCAUGGAGGUCAGGACUACCAUGCCCUUAGAGAUGCCCGACAAGGACAACACUUUUGUCCUGAAGGUGGAAAAUGGUACCGAGUAUAUUCUGGAGACCAUCGACUCCCUUCAGAAGAACUCCUGGGUGGCGGAUCUUCAGGACUGCAUGGAGCCGGGGGACAGUGGUGAUGAUAUUGAGCUGACCUCACACCCCCACGGCCAGCCGCUUAGAGACUCCCCUCUGCCCACCUCCUGCAGCUGUGAACCUCUGUCAGAAGAGGUACACCGAGCCCCUGAGGGUCCUUGCUCCACGGCAGCUGACCUCUACAGCACCCCCCGCAUCCGCUUCACACAGUUUCACCCCCAUGUACCCCUGGAGUGCUUUCUGGAGUCACUGGAGUGUCAAACGCCCACCACCCCUGCAGGGGGACACAGUGCAGGGGCAGUGAAGGCAGACACCAGCCUGGCCGGCUACCCAUGGUUCCAUGGCACUCUGACACGGAUGCGAGCAGCUCAGCUCAUCCUGGUGGGCGGGGCACGAAGCCAUGGCCUGUUCGUGAUCCGCCAGAGCGAGACACGCCCAGGGGAAUACGUCCUGACCUUCAACUUCCAGGGCAAGGCCAAGCAUCUCCGGCUCUCAGUGAAUGACAGUGGCCAGUGCCACGUGCACCACCUCUGGUUCCAGACGGUGUGUGACAUGCUCCGCCACUUCCACACCCACCCUAUCCCUUUGGAGUCGGGGGGGACGGCCGACAUCACGCUGCGCUGCUACGUCCAAGUCCCACGCCCCCCCCCCUGGCAAGUACAGCCACCGCUCGCACACUUUGAGGGGAAAGCAAAUGUCGUGUGAUGCAGCACAUUGAAAGUCACGUGUCAUACAGCAUUACACAGCAUGUGUCAUGGCAGGAUAUCACCACGCUGAUUAAUUCUGUCACGGGGAGGGAGAGACACAGAAAGGCAAUACCCCUAGCAGUGUGCCCCCCCCCCCCCACACACACAUACACACACACCAGUCCCACAUGUCCACUGGAUGAAUGAUCUCCAUUGCUGGCAAAGCUGCCUGCUCGCAUUGAUACACCGGGAGUGUUUUGCAUACUGACCAACUCAGACCUUCAACCCUGGUGCUCUAGCACACAGUGGGUCCUCUGUGCACCCCCCCCCCCCCCCAACACUCACAGAGGGGGCGUUCACUCUCCUCCCUGGUAUAAACAUAAAAACAUACGCAGCUUAUAUAUGGUAUGUAAGGUCAUGUUUGUAUGGUCAUGCUCUGCUCUGCCGUGUGUGUGUGUGUGUCUGAGUUCACACAGACAUUCUCCAGCAUGCAAAUCCUGUCACCCCUGACUGCCACUGAGUGUGUGUACAUGGGGGGGGGGGUUAGUUAGCAGGACAAGGGCACUGUGUUUGGGCUGGUGUGAAAAAGGCCUCUCUUGUCUUCUAAAAGGAGCCCUGCCCACAAAACAUACUUCCCUCUCUGCUGCAUCCUUUUCCUCAUGCAGUCUCUGGGUCACUGAUCCCUCAUACUACACUGUAUUAUCCUCAUACUACACUGUAUCAUCCUCAUACUACACUGUAUCAUCCCCAUACUACACUGUAUCAUCCUCAUACUACACUGUAUUAUCCUCAUACUACACUGUAUCAUCCUCAUACUACACUGUAUCAUCCCCAUACUACACUGUAUCAUCCUCAUACUACACUGUAUCAUCCCCAUACUACACUGUAUCAUCCCCAUACUACACUGUAAAGUGACACUGACUCCCUGCUUUGGCUCUCACACCACUGCAUUCCCUGUCGCUGCAUUAAAUGCACUUCAUGGCUAGUUACGUUCAAAUCGCAUACAGAAGUCGCAUACAGAACUGUGCAAAAAUGGUAAGUAGUCAAAGAAAAUCAUGUUUAAAUGAUCUUCAUGUUGAUGUAAAACUAUGACUUUAUGUCUGUCAGAAUAUGCCAGCUUAGCCGUUUCCUCUCCGAAAGCCACCCAGUAUUUCUAGCAACCAUCCAAUACACCAGUGUAUUCGUUGACUCGACUACAAGCAUACUGUGUUUGGCUAAUCAAUAUGGCAUUUAGUUAACUGAUUAAGCUAAUUAAUUAAAUGAGCUGCCAGUGAUGUUCUCCCCAUGUCGUCGUGGGGUUUCCUCCGGGUACUCCAGUUUCCCCCCACAGUCCAAAGACACGCUGAGGCUAAUUGGAGUUGCUAAAUUGCCCAUAGGUGUGCAUGUGUGAGUGAAUUGUGUGUGAGUGUGUCCUGCGAUGGGCUGGCCCCCCAUCCUGGGUUGUUCCCUGCCUCGUGCCCAUUGCUUCCGGGAUAGGCUCCGGACCCCCCGCGACCCAAUAGGAUAAGCGGUUUGGAAAAUGGAUGGAUGUUAAUUUGCAUAUAUUCUAAUGUUAAAUUGUAUUUUCUUUUUCCUGAGCAAAUAUAUGGAUGGAUACUAUCCAGAAAAAUAGCUUUGCCUCACAGGCAGAAAUAUGAGCUGAUUUUAUACACAGAUGCACUAAGCAUAUUGUUACUUGUUACGCAUCAUAUAGUCAAAGUGGUGGGUUCUGCACCUGGUCCCAUUGGCUGCCCCCCCCUCUUAACUAGCCAACAAUCCAGCUACUGACAGAAGACUGUAAAUUAGUCUGCAAUACCGAAUCCUGCCAGCAGAGGGGCUGCACGUUCCCGUCCCCUUCACAUCCACUAAUUGAGACUGUCUGUCUGCAGACGUGGGUGUGGUCCAGCACCAUGCCCCACCCAGGGAUUUCAGCUGCCAGAGUGACUCUCAGCAGCCCACCCAUCAAUCCCCUGGGUACCCGCCUGCCAACAGGCCUGCGUCCCCUGGAGCCCCGCCCACCUACACCAGGCACGAGUCGGGCAGAAUGUCGGGCCUGCGCAGCCGGAGCAGCAGCUCAGAGAGGCUGCUGGAGCCCUAUGGUGCUGCCCCAGAGGAGUACCAUGAGAAUGACGGCGGGCAGAGGACCAGAGCCGUGGAAAACCAGUAUUCCUUCUAUUAAGCCCCAGGCAUGACAUAUUGAGCUGAUCCACCAGGAAGUACAAAGAGAAAAUCUUGUCUUUAGGCAGCAAAAACUGACGGACCAUUUGACGCCGCCCCAGUCUGAUUUAUCUGAGGGGCGGCUGCAGGCUGGGGAGUCUCGUAAACAGCAGGGACCCUGAAGCCAUUACAUCCAUUUCCUGUGUGAUGGGGCAGAUGUGACGCGAUUGCAGACCCUUCGGGGGCCAGGGAAAGCGGAUGCAGUCUGGAAAAUCAUAUGGAAAUAAUUCCGAUUGCUUCACAUUCAGCUUGUGCUGGUUAAAUUUGCCUAAUCACUGAUUUAUUAAUUACAAUGCAUUCUCGUGGCAGUGAAAGCUGUUUAUACUCAGAGGAAGAAUGUACUGAAUCUGUCAAAGUAACUUAAAACAGGAAAAUGUUAGUAAACGUUAUGCUUUAAAAAAGUAGAACAAAUUAUUACUAACAUUUAUUACUGUUGUUUACUAUUCACACCUAAGAGGACUGUCAGCACAGACUAUGGAGAUCAUGUGAUCUGAUGACAUCACAUCACAUGGCCACUCAUGUAGCACAUGUUAGAUGGCCAGGCUGAUAUCCAUCCCUAUCUUCCUGUCCAAAUGAAACUCUGGGUGAACUUGAAUGGAAACCAGAUGGCAGCAUAAAUGUCAGAAUCAAGCACACUGUUUUAAUAUCGGGUUAUGUGAGCACUUCAGGAAUGCGGGAUGUAACGCUACCAUUAUCUCACAGUCCCCCACUGGACUGUGAGAGAAUGUGCCAAUCUGAAAUAUCUUUUUAAGAAUAUUUAUUUAUCAAUUAUGCCAUGUUCUGCUUGCAUCUGUUCAGUUCGUAAUACAAAUGCCGUAAUCUGGCUCACACAACGACAGCCACGUUCCGUGGAAGAACGUAAUUUCUUUAGCACUGUCGUCAGCGUAUUUUUAAAAAGAAUGUUUUUCAUACUGAAAUGUAUCUUUCACAGAGGCUGCACACUUUUCUACAAAGUAUCUUAUGUACGGCUUUAUAAUACUGUGAAUAAAACCUUAUUACUUUUUAAAACCAAUUUAAUUAAAUAAUCAA